CAGCCUCCUCCGGGACGCCACCAUAAAGAACUGGGACAAUGUUGCUGUCACAAAAAGAGCUUCUCAUUUCAUUCCUCAUCACAUCUCCGGAGCAAGCCAGAGCAUCUGCAUCUCUUCUUGGACUCGGUUGUGAUCUCAGUUGUGUAAGAUGACCCACCAGUCUCCGACCCUCACCACGGAGCAGAAGAGGGAGCUGCAUGAGAUCGCUCUGCGCAUCGUGGCUCCUGGGAAAGGCAUUCUAGCAGCUGAUGAAUCAGUUGGCAGCAUGGGAAAGCGUCUGAAUCAGAUCGGAGUGGAGAACACAGAGGAGAACCGUCGCCAGUACCGCCAAGUCCUCUUCAGCGCAGACGACCGCAUUGACAACUGCAUCGGUGGAGUCAUUUUUUUCCAUGAAACCCUCUACCAGACUUCUGAUGAUGGUGUUCCUUUUGUUAAAAUGAUCAAAGACAAAGGGAUCACUAUUGGUAUCAAGGUUGACAAAGGAGUUGUUCCCUUGCCAGGAACUAGUGGUGAAACUACUACACAAGGGCUGGAUGGUCUAUCAGAGAGAUGUGCUCAGUACAAGAAAGAUGGAGCAGAUUUUGCCAAGUGGCGUUGUGUGAUGAAGAUCAGUGACACGGCCCCAUCUCCACUGUGCAUCACAGAAAAUGCAAAUGUCAUUGCACGCUAUGCUACUAUCUGCCAGCAGCAUGGGAUUGUACCCAUAGUGGAACCUGAGAUCCUACCUGAUGGAGAUCAUGACCUGAAGCGCUGCCAGUUUGUUACAGAGAGGGUUUUAGCAGCAGUGUACAAGGCUAUGUUCGAUCAUCAUGUGUAUCUGGAGGGAACCCUGCUCAAGCCCAACAUGGUGACCCCUGGACAUGGCUGCCCCACCAAAUACAGUGCCGAGGAGGUUGCCAUGGCGACCAUCACUGCUCUGCGCCGCACUGUGCCUCCUGCAGUCACUGGAAUAACAUUUCUCUCUGGAGGCCAGAGUGAAGAGGAAGCCUCUGUCCACUUAAAUGCCAUCAAUAAUUGCCCGCUAGUAAAGCCCUGGGCAUUGACCUUUUCUUUUGGUCGAGCACUGCAGGCCUCAGCACUGAAGACCUGGCGUGGUCAGAAAGAAAACCAGAGUGCUGCCACUGAGGAGUUCAUCAAACGUGCUGAGAUCAACAGUCUGGCAUCCCAGGGGAAGUAUUCUGGUGGCGGGGACAGCAGUGGAGCUACUGGUCUUUCCCAUUACCUAUCUAGCUAUGCAUACUGAAAUGCUACAUUUACCAACUGUCUAUCAUUAUUCAGAAUCUCCUCAAAUACAGCCAAUUCCACUGCCACUGUACUCUGAUACACACACACACACACACACACACACACACACACACACACACACACACACACACACACAAUAACUUCAAGGUGUAUCUUGGGUUCAAUACAUAACUGUUUGUGCUAAAUCAGUAUUUGAGCUGUUGACAUGAAUUGAACGACUCAAACAUUGUUUAGAAAGCCUUCUAAAUGAUUAUGAAUACCAUAUAGAUAAAUGUGAUCUAGUGAUAUUGUCACUCAGCCAACCCAGUUUGGGUUUCUCUUCACAACUUGUGCUUUGCAAUGCCUGAUGAUUUAAAUGUUUCUGUGUAAUGGAUAGAAAUAAGCUUAUUUACACUUAGUACCUGUGAGCUGUGUGCUUUUUGUGAGUGUUGUGGUAUUCUGUGUGACAAAACAGACAAUACUGCAUAAGGUAUAAUAAAUUCAGAAAAUAUUGCAC